AAAUGAUAAAUAGGUCGGCUCAAUAUAAUGUCUACAAAUUUCUUCUAUCACCUGGCACAGACACUAUGUCGCGUUUGGUUGGGAUACCAAGUGUAUAUGAUGUUCUUAGGUACUACAAUGUCAGAAAAGAGGUUUAGCCCCCGGGCAUGAUAUCUUUGUGCUUUUGGCUUUACGAACAAGCACGGGAAGUAUUAAAGAAGCUGUUGGCCAAGGAAGCACCCCUAGCUGAUGAUGUGAGGGCUGCCAGUGAACCGAAUGACUCUGGCUCACAUUGGCAAAAAGUAACUGGGUGUUUGUACAGCAUGCCGCAAAUUCGGUCUCAACCACAGUAUCCUCACCUCAAGUAUGAUCUUUGCAGCGAGCCUGGUGGACACCGUGGAGACAA